CCACACGCAAGCAGCACCGGCGCAAGCAUCAAGGCAGGCCUUCCUGAGGGAGAGACGCUGUUUCGACUGCGUCGCCGCUCAACAGCGUAUACGAGGCGCGCCAUGUCAGCGUCAUCACACGCCUCCAGCUCGCGCAGCGCACAAGCAGCCGCAUCGUCGAGCAGCGCCGCAGACGAGCUCGAUGCGCACCUCGUCUCGCUGCUGCACACGGCCGAUGCCUACGCUGCAUCGCAGCAAGCCGCCGCCGCACAUCUGGCACGGGCAUUCCUCAGUCUCUCGCGCGCCCGCAUGCAUCUCGGCGCUCUCGGCGCCAGCAGUCUGCUGGGUGCAGACGGCGCAGACGCCCGCCUCAAGGCCGGUGUGCGUUGUCGCGUCGACGACGCGGGCCGGAUGAGGCACGUGCGAAGCGCUCCUACUUCUGAGGCGCCUGCGAUCGAAACAGAGAAGAAGCCUGCAGCGCAGGGCCUGCGGCGACGGCAGAACGCAAAUCCUGCCCUGAGCGAGAGCGAGAAGCAGAACGCAGCCUCGCACGAGAAGGAGGCCGCCUCGGAUGCGGUUGCCGUCGAGCAAGACGAGAAGGCAUCUGUCGACAUCAACGCCGGAAACAAGAAGAGCGAUGCGCCUUCAUCCAAGCCCAAGCGGCCGCCCCAAGCGCCGGACCCGCUCUAUCAGUUCAGCGCGCUGCCGCCGCCGGCGCUGCGCUCGGCGCAGAAGAGCUUCAUCGCGGCGCUCGACGAGCUGCUGGGCGCGAGGAGCGGCGCAGAUGGCGCAUGGCAGAGCGUGCAGCGCCUGGCGCAGCUCGAGCACGACGUAGCAGAUGCGCGACGCCGUGCUGGCGAGGAGGACACAGCGACGCAAUGACACGUCG